AUGGUUCUAGAAGACUAUGGAGUAGUCGAUCACAAAGCUGAAUUUAGUUAUCUACCGAGUGAUUUGAUUGAUACUGUAGGCUCUCCAUCAGUGAGUAUCGCUAAUGAUCGUCAGCUCAAAAAUUUUGUUGGGUACUCUAGGAAUAAAACCUCGGUAAAUCUGUGUGUGACAUUCACUGCAUACGUUGAACAUCCUGAGAUUCCGAUUAACAUCGAAUUGAUGAUGAAAGCCUCUGAUUCAAGCUGUAUGAAAAACGAUCAGGUUGUAAAGUCAGGCGAUGAUGAUAUUAGAGGCAUUGGCCAUAAAGUUGAGGAAGAGUUUGAUGAACCCGUUAUGGUUGAGAAAAAAGUUGAUGGACCUAGCCCUAGAGAAAUAAUUCAUUUUAUUCGUACAGAGCAUGGAUGUGACAUCUCUUACGACCAUGCUUGGGAAGCACGUGAGUAUGCGAUUAGUAUUGUUCGAGGCAUUCCCGGGAAAAGCUAUGCCAAAAUUCCUAAAUAUUUGCACAUGCUGAAAGAAGCGAAUCCAGGGACCCAUACGCAGUAUGAAACUGACAUUACUGGACGUUUCAAGUUUCUGUUACUCUCUUUCGGUCAAUCAGUGCGAGGUUUUUACAAAGCUAUUCGCAGAGUGAUUGUUGUGGAUGGGACAUUUUUGAAAAAUAAAUAUAAAGGAGUUUUGCUCGUUGCUACAGCAUUAGAUGGCAACUCGAACUUAUAUCCGAUCGCAUUUGGGGUUGUCGAUUCAGAGAACGACCUGUCUUGGGAGUGGUUUAUGAGGCAACUAAAAGUUGUCAUUGCGGAUGAGGUGCGUUUGGCUUUUGUGUCAGAUAGAAAUGUUUCUGUAAUUAAAGCACUUGAGAAAGUGUACCCACAAUCUAGCUAUGGUAUCUGUAUCCACCACUUGCUGAAUAAUGUGAUAACAUUUUUCAAGACACAGGGUUUGACUGGUUUGAUUGUGAAGGCUUCUAAAGAGUACAGAGUUUCUGCUUUUGAUACCAAGUUUGCUGCCAUUUGUUCUAUUAGUCCAGCUGUUGGAAAGUAUCUUCAGGACGCUGGUGUUGAGAAAUGGGCACGAUGCAAAUUCCCCGGAUUUAGGUACGAUCGUAAAAAACUUAGCUCAAAGCAUCAGGCUCCUCUAACAGUUGAGGUUGAGACGAAGAUCGAGAGAAGGAUUGAUAAGGGUAAAACAUUCAUUGUUUACCCAGUUAGCCAGGAUCGAUUUUUGGUCAGAGGUGACAAAUAUGACUGUCUUGUUGAUUUGGACAGAAGAACUUGUUCAUGUGGCAAGUACGACUUGCUUAAAAUUCCGUGUCGACAUGCAAUUAAAGCAGCGUUUUCUGUGAACCAGCAGAUACACACUCUCACCAAUCAUUAUUACACUACUGAGGCAUGGAGAACAGCUUAUGAGGAAUGCAUUAAUCCAAUUGCAGGUCCUGAGGAUGAUUGGUGUGUCCCUGAUCAUGUUGAACAUGCCAAAGUUGUAGAACCGGAAUCGCGACGAGCAGCAGGACGCAGGAAAAAAUGA